AUGAAUGAGGAGGCACUGUUGGCACGGGCUUCCGAGGAGCGGGAGCGUAUCUUCCAGCGAUACGAGAGGGGUCGAGAGAACCUCAUCGGACAAAUAGACCCCUGGGAGGAUCCAGAGUUCGAGGAUUAUCACAAAACCGAUCGAUAUGGAUUCAUACACGAUGAGCGCUUACCUCAGAAAACAGGGCCCCAAAAGGUCAACAUUGAAGUGGAGAGGGAGAAAAAAUGGGUCAAAAUGCUUACUAAUUGGGACUCACCAGCCACCAAAGAAAAACUCCAUAGAAGAAUAUACAAAGGCAUUCCAAAUUCACUUCGAAUAAAAGUGUGGUGCAAGUUGAUGGAUGUUAACAAAAUUAAGUCUGCUAAUCCUGGGAAGUUUCAAGAAAUGCUAAAACUAGCUAAGCUGUGGUCGACAGAUGUAAGACAAAUUGAUUCAGAUGUAAACAGACAGUUCCGGGAACAUCAGUUUUACAGAGAACGAUAUUCAGAAAAACAAUGCUCAUUAUUCAAUGUCCUUUGUGCUUAUAGCAUGUAUAACUCGGAAGUAGGUUACUGUCAAGGAAUGUCUGGUCUAGCUGGGGUGCUGCUCAUGUAUAUGGAUGAAGAAGAUGCAUUCUGGGCGCUGGCUGUGCUGCUCUCAGAUAAGAAGUAUGCCAUGCAUGGAUUGUAUAUAGAAGGAUUUCCGAAGUUAACAAGAUUUCUGGAACAUCAUGAUAAAAUACUCACAAAAUUUAUGCCAAAAUUGAAACAUCACUUUGACAAGUUUGGCUUGGAUGCCAUCCUGUAUUCCCUGAAAUGGUUUUUUGUGUGCUUCGUGGAGAGAGUGCCAUUUAGCUUAUGUCUCAGGGUUUGGGAUAUUUAUCUGUUGGAUGGAGAGAGAGUGGUCACUGCAAUGGCUUACACAAUACUCAAGCUUCACAAAAAAGCAAUCAUGAAGUUAAAUGAUAUGGAUCUUAUUGUAAAUUAUAUUCAGGUUAAGCUACAUAAAGACUUUGGGUUUGAAGAUGAUAUUGUAAUCUAUCACUUGGAGCGAUCAAUGGAGGAGUUGAAACGAGCGAAGCUCGACUAUCCAGGUCCGCCGCCGCCCAACGAGCUGCCUAAACGACAGCUUGGUUUAUUUGUGGAGCCCGACAAAAAAUCAAAGAUUGGACAACGGGCAGAGAAUUUUUCAGAGACUGAGAAACAGGCUAGAGCAACUGUGAUAUUGAGACGCGAAAAGGCUGCAAUAGAAUUGCAGGAGCUUCGAGUCUCACAGAGUGACACAGUGUCAGAGCACAGCGGCGUGGCGGGUGGGAUCCGCUGCGAUGACUCGGUGUCGGCGCUGGGGUCGCGACGCUCGCUCGCCGACACGAGCGUGACGAGCACGGCCGACCUGAGCGUGUUCUCGAGCGGCCGCUCGCACGCCAUGGACAACUCGCUGGACACACAUUCCAACGUCAGCGAUGAUGCCACUGGGUCAGAUGGUUCGGGCAUUUGCGGGUUGAGCAUACAGCGGGCUCCGUCGACGGCGCACUCGACUCCGCGCGCGACGCCGCACCCACCGUCCGUGUCGCCGAUGUCAGACGACGUGGUGCGCAUCCACGUGACCUACAACCCUCGCGCCGGAAGCCCGCACCUGCACCCCAUCAGCCCAUCCAAGUACAAAGCCUAUAACAACGAGGAACACCACAAACCUGUCUCUCUCGGCUUCUACACCAGCAACGGCUCCACUAACCUACCCUCAGACAAUAGAAUUCGUAUUCAAGUGCCAUCCGAAUCUGAAGAACUCCUCACGCCGGUUGUUGAUGCAGGGAAUAAUAUCACACCUCGCUUCAUUGAAUCUCAUGCCGAAAUGUACGGAUCUUAA